AACUACACCCAAGCAAUUAGAGAGCUUGAACCCGAUGUAAUUGUUUUCCAUGUUAUCCAUGUCGGUUUUCAAUUAUUAUGGCUCUUUUAGGCAUCAAAGACGAAUUGCUGGAUUCAUCAACUGCAUCAUGGAAUGUUAACAAAAUAGGAGGGUUGUCUGACUGGAUACAUCCAGAUAGUAUAAAGCCAGUCUGUCCUUGCUGUAAAAGUCCUAUGCUUCUGAUUGUUCAGUUGAAUUGUCCUUUAGACGGUUCUCCGUAUCACAGGACCCUGUACUUGUUUACCUGUCCUAGAAGAGAAUGCUGGGGUAGAGAUGAAAGUUGGUGUGUCCUCAGAUCUCAAUUCUUGGACAGUAGCUACAAAAAACACUCACAACAAGCAAAAUUAGAGAAAAAGGUUGAUUUGUUUACCUGUGAAGAUGACUGGGGAGAUGAUGUUGAUGAUCCCACUGACGAUUUUACAAAGACAGAGGCUGGAAAACAGCAAUCAGCUCCAAAGUCAGGUGGCUAUAGCAGUAACAGUUGUUCCAGUUCAGAAUUUGACGAGAUAGCUAUAACAGAGGGUGCCCUAAGCAAUAAAUUUGAGGAACUGAGAUUUCAGGAUGAUGAGCAAGUGGAGGAGGAGCAGGAAGAGGUAAAAGAAGAUAUAUCUGUUGAUGAUUGUGAGAAGGAAGAUGAAGUUACUAAGGAUGAUCAAAUGGUGAUACCGGAUGAUUCUUUGCACAAUGCAUUCCAGCUAAUUGAGAAUGGCCAGGAGACCUGUAAUGACAUGGAUGAGGGCCCUGACCCAUCAUCAGAUAUACUCAUUUCUUAUUAUCUAAGUGUUGUAGAAGAACAUUCAGUCCCUGCAGAUGACAAUGGUUACCUUAAAAAGCUAUUAAAUGAAUAUCAACGGAAUGAAGGAGUGGAUCUAGAGGGCUUGCUUAGUUCUGAAUAUUUUUCAAGCAGUGAUAAAAAUGGAGGCCAAAGUGGGAAUGAAAAGUAUGAAAGAACAGAAAUAAAGCAUGGAGACAAGGUAUUUCACCGGUUCCGGAAACAAACGGCUGUGUGUCCUCAACAGUGUGUCAGGUAUCAUUGGAAUGGCAGUCCUCUAUUCAUCAAAGAACUGAGUCCUUCAGAGAGGUCUACUUAUACUAACAGAUCCUGUCGAAGUUGUGGCGGUGAUGUAGUGUUUGAACUACAGUUGAUGCCAGCCCUGGUCAACUUUCUUCAGACUUCAGAAAAAGCAGGGCCAGCUACAGAGUUUGGGACGGUGAUCGUGUUUACCUGUAAGAACAGUUGUUGGGAUGAUAAAUCCACAACUAAACAGGAACUAGUUCUUGUGCAGCCUGAUCCUGACCAUCAUCUAUUUAGAUAAAAGAUAAACUCUGGCGUUUUAAUGUAUCAUGAAGUUCUUGCUUUAAUGUUAAACGUUUUGUUACUGGAAUAUAAAUUUUAUUUGAUA